AUGGAUCGUGACCGCGGUAGAAGAUUCGAUGAUCGUCGAGGUGGAGAGAGUUAUCGCCCAUCAGAGAGAACAGGUCGCUCACGUUCUCGCAGCCAUGUUCGGCGUGCUCGGUCUCCGCCUCGCAAUCGAUCUCCUCGUCAAGUCGCUGAUACAUGGGUACCGCAUAACAACCGUCAUUCUAAUCGAGCACGGAGUCGGUCACCUGUGUCUUCGCGUCGCGCUUCUCGCAGCCCUCCGUAUCGCCCGUAUCGAAGAACACGUUCACCUUUGAGACAGGAUCUACCACGACGAGAACGGCCAAGAUCUCCUCCCGGGUCCUCUUGGCGCUCUAAAUCGCCGUAUAGACAGCGAUCCCCACGGGAGUCUCCGUCCAGGUCCUCUUCAAGACUUUUCCGUGAUCCGUCUCGAACCGGAUAUGUAUCUAGGUCUCCUAGGAGAGAUCAAUCCCCACCUCCACCGCAUAAGUACCAGAGGGCUUCGCCGCCUCGAAGACAAAGCACUCUUCACGAAAGUGAAUCCAAUAGCACACUUCUGCGUCGUUCACGGAGCCCAAUCCGCCGUGAAGUAUAUCCUAAGCACUAUCCGGACAGCAUCUCCAGGAGACAUACACCGUCGCCUUCGCAGCCAGUUUCGUCUGCACAUGCUUCUGUUCAGGGUUCUGCAUCUACAUCGCGACGAUCUUCCCCCCCAACUCAUCUCGAUAGUGAAUCUAGGUCUUCGGUCCCGCUUGCUUCAGUUCAAGAAAAAUCUCAUAUUCGAGUUCCAGCUUCUCCUAUGCGCGAUGAGAAGAAAGUCUCCCCCUUCAGUGAAAAGGAAAAUACUUCUGCGGAAAGCCAAGAGAAGAGCAGAGUUUCGGAUUCUAAUGCAGCGCUGCGGGCUGGAUCUCCGCAAUUAUCCGCAGAGUCGUUUCCCUCACAUGAGCAGCAGCAACCAAAAACUCAAUCACCAGGUAUUUCGCGCAACCAUACUACGUCGCAGGACACGUCGUCGAACGGAAAUGCGUUCGCAUCUAUACAGAGCCGUGGAUCCAGUAUUUCUUUACUUUCUGCUCCAACCAGGCCACGCGGAGGGCCCAGUUUUAACCAUCGAGAUUCUCCUUGGGCUGGAAACGUUGCGACACGUCGAGGACCCGGACCAUCUGGUCAUCAUGGGCCUCCAAUAGGGCCUCGAAAUAGUUUCCUGCAGGCGCAUUCUAGUCAUGAUCCGCACCGGCAUUCUUAUCGGCAUAAUAUCAGUACGCCUGCCACAAAUUCCCGCAAUCAGCGAGCCGUUAAUCAUCUUUCCGGACUCCCCGCCAUCACCGCAGGCGGUAAAAUCUUGCCUUCAGUAUUGGAUCCUGUAACCGAGAGGCGACUUGCACAACUUGAAGCCGACAGGGAGAAGUUGCUUGAGCAAGUUAUGGAGAAACAACAGCUAAAGAGGAUCGGCCUGAAAGACUGGAACAGACUGGAUAGAGAAAGCAUGACAAAUGCACUAAAGAGCGAACUCGCCGAAGGUCAUCUUCAACGGAUGGCUGAGGGUGAGAGUCUGGAAGGAAGCGCCGCAUUCUAG